AUGGCUUUCCUAAGUAAUCACGAUUUUUAUAUGAAGCCGGCCAAAAAAACUGGCAUUCGCAUUAUAUACGUAAAGAUACGCACUCAUGUUCACGCAUGGCUGGAUAGUGCAAGGAGGAUUGGUGGUCUCAAUGUUAUAGAAGCCGACGACGAAAGGUUCAGUUUUGCUUCGGAAAUCAUGAAGAAGCUUUGCAACGGUGCAGACGGCCCUCGCACAUGGGCGCAACGACGAGGAGAUUGCAACAAAGCAGCUACAUACAACGAGAAGUUGAAGCAGUGCGAAUGCCUUGAUCCCAAAUCUGACGGUCGUGUGCUUUAUCCGGAAACGUACGGACAAUACCCUCCUGGUGUUGUGUGCAUGUCUUGCGAUGUAUCAGCCAAAUCGAUUGUGUUCGUGCUCGAUGCUAGUGAAACCAUGGGAGAUGAAGAAUGGUCAAAGGUACUCGAACUCAUAUCCACAGUUGGCAAAAUUGUUAAAGAUGCGAGAACUGCGAUGAUAGUAACAAAGGUUGACAGACCAUAUGUUGCGAUGGAACUUGGCCACCAUAAGGAGGCAGAUUUCAAGAUUUUCAUAGCAAGAAAUCAGGAUAGUCCCGGGGUUUUUACAGUGACGGGAGCUGGAAUGAAAAUGGCAAGACUAAUACUCGAGAAGGAGACUGCCGAUGAUCGCAUACUAAUGAUAUUUGCUACUGGACAGCCGGACAUUAAAGAUGGAGGUUUCGAAUGCGAUCCUUUGCCUGAUUGUGGGGAUAGACAACUCGAAGAAGCUGAGCUGGCCAGAAAAACUGGCAUUCGCAUUAUAUACAUAAAGAUGCGCCAUGAUGGUUAUGCAUGGCUGGAUGAUUCAAGGAGGAUUGGCGGUCUCAAUCUUAUAGAAGCCGACGACGAAAGGUUCAGUUUUGCUUCGGAAAUCAUGAAGAAGCUUUGCAAUUCUGUUGUUUGAUACCAAGACGCUC